UCUGCAGGAAGGAAAGGUGCAAUAACAUAAGGACAUGUAAAACAAGACAUUGUAAUCCAUAAUCACACUGAUAAAAACCUCCCCUCCCCCAAUAUAGAUCAGGAAAAGAUAAACGUGGUACAAAAUGCGGCUUUCUAGGUGCAGAGAUCGCACCCAGGAGCAUGUGCUGCUGUUAGGACCACAGGACACGUAGUACAUGGACAGGAGACCCCCCCCAGUGCUAGCCCAGCCUUUACACUACUCGGAAAAGACCCCCUCAUCAUGGCCCUCCACCACUGCGCCUGCGCUAUCUGCGUCCCGGCACCGCCUUACAUCAGUAUCCCUCCGCCGGCUGCUUCUUUUCGUAAAUUAAAAUUCGGCCCUCACCACUGCGCGGUUUAUAAUAACGUCACCUUUCAGCUGUCUAAAAAAACAACACGUUUAAUAAACCGGCCAAACGCCAUAACAGUGACCCAGUUCAUUGCAAUAUAGCGAAGCUGCAUCCACGACGUGAGUGGAGGUGAUGCGGCCCUAUAGAGAUCACUGUACACAUCCGCGCACAACGCGGGGGACUUUUCUUCGGGGAUUUUCGGCGCCGAUGAGAUUGCAUUUGAAGUAAACCGGGUCGGUUGAGUGAGAAGCCCCUCAGCCGGAAGUUCAGCAGCCAGGAGCGGGGUGGGCGGCACAGCCACGGUGAGCACGUGCUGGCACAUAUGAACAUGGGACCAACACAGAUGCCUUCAGCUGCCAAGAUGUCCCUGGUAGAUUUGGGGAAGAAACUUUUAGAGGCUGCUCGAGCUGGUCAAGAUGAUGAAGUCCGUAUUUUAAUGGCAAAUGGAGCACCUUUUACUACAGAUUGGCUUGGGACAUCUCCACUCCAUCUAGCUGCCCAGUAUGGCCAUUAUUCCACAACUGAAGUGCUGCUUAGAGCAGGAGUGAGUAGAGAUGCACGUACAAAAGUUGACAGAACCCCUUUGCACAUGGCUGCUUCAGAAGGACAUGCAAACAUAGUAGAGGUGUUACUCAAGCAUGGUGCUGACAUUAAUGCCAAAGAUAUGUUGAAAAUGACUGCUCUCCACUGGGCGACAGAGCACAAUCAUCAAGAAGUAGUGGAACUGCUAAUAAAGUAUGGGGCAGAUGUACAUAGUCAAAGCAAGUUCUGUAAAACUGCAUUUGAUAUCUCUGUGGAUAAUGGAAAUGAAGAUCUUGCAGAAAUCCUCCAGAUUGCAAUGCAGAACCAAAUUAAUACUAAUCCUGAAAGCCCAGACACUGUAACAAUACAUACAGCAACGCCACAAUUUUUCAUUGGACCGGGGGGAGUAGUCAAUUUAACAGAUGAUAAUGGGAUUUCCUCUACGGUGCAGUUUGGCAAUUCAUCAACCUCUGUCUUGGCUACAUUAGCAGCACUAGCUGAAGCUUCUGCGCCAUUGUCCAAUUCAUCGGAUACACCAGUGGUGGCUACGGAAGAGGUUGUAACUGCUGAGUCCGUUGAUGGCGCAAUUCAACAAGUUGUUAGUUCUGGUGGGCAGCAAGUCAUCACAAUAGUGACAGAUGGCAUCCAUCUUGGUAAUCUUCAAUCAUCAAGUGGCAUGGGUCAACCAAUUAUUGUCACAAUGCCAGAUGGUCAACAAGUAUUGACGGUCCCUGCAACUGAUAUUGCAGAAGAAACUGUAAUCAGUGAAGAGCCCCCGUCUAAAAGACAGUGCUAUGAGAUCAUUGAAAAUCGUGUGGACUCUGCUGAGAUCGAGAUUCCAGAAACUUCUGGGUCAGAAAUCUAUAUUGUGAAUACUCAAGAGUUCUCUCAGGAAAGAGAAUCCCUUCAGAAGCAACUAGAUGAGGCCAACAGAGAAGCUCAUAAAUACCGCCAGCAGCUGUUCAAAAAAGAACAGGAGGCAGAGGCCUACAGACAGAAGCUAGAAGCCAUGACCAGGCUGCAGACUAAUAAGGAGGUGGUGUAACAGCUAGUGGACAUAUGGGUUUUCAUAUUUUCAUUCACAAGACGCCCCAAUCUUUUCUGUGUGCUUUUGUGUGCCACAAGUGGGACACGGAUAUCGUGAGAACAGAUCUCCAGCAAGAACACUUAUCCUAAUAGUGCUGGUCUUAAUAAGGUCAACCCUUGUGAAAAGUAUUUAAAAAAUACUGUAAAUAGUUUUUUUGUUUUGUUUUAUUACAAUUAGCAUAUUUGUUGAUUCUGGCUUUUGAAAGCUGCAGAGAAUACCAUGUCAAAGCUUUGACAGCAUUCUGCGUGUAAGAGGGCAGCGACGUACCUCUCUCUCCAUUGUGCACCUUCCGCAAAAAUGGGCAAACGCCUCAAAUCUGCAGUGCUUUCUUUAAACAGAUCAACGUGGCCUUUGAGCUUACCAUUUCCUAGUGGAAAUCUUUGUACAGCUUUUCAUUUGUGUCUCCUAUUAUUUGAACCUUUAUUUCUUUUUCUACUAAGCAAAAAUUUUAUAUGUUUAACUUCUGAAACAUCCAGGUAGAUUUACAUGUAUAUGAAGCUAAUAUUUUUUGAGAAGAAACUUUUGUACAUAUGAUGCAUGCAUUUUUUCUAUUUCUGCACAUAUCGGGCUGUGCUAUCUCUCAUGAACAGGCAUUUAUCUUUAUAUAUGGAAUGGUCCUUUUCUAUACACUGAUAAUUGGCUUGUUACAUCUACCAUAGUCCACCAGACUCAAAUUUGGGGAACCUAGCGGGCUACAAAGCGUAAAAUGGCUUCCAUCGAAAAGCUUUUAUUAACACGUACAGAUCAAUGCAUCUGGAGAAGAAGAUAAUGAGAUCUUCAGAUCCUUAAUUGCUAUUUCGUAAGGCAGACGUGUCAAGGAAUUAUUGAAAUGGUGGCUUAACUAUCCUUAUUUGAGGAACAGUUCGUUUAGUCUUCAUGUUUACCUAAAACAGGGCAGGUAUGGUUUAGAGUUCUGCUAGGCUUUGGGAUAUGGAAAGCAUAAAUUACAUUUAACCUUUUUUUUAUAUUCAUUCAGUAAGUUUAUGUUAUCCUUCUGGCACAUUGUUUCUAUGCACAAAUUACGAACUAAAUAUUUUUUUUUUAAUCAAUCACAUAGAUGUUCUGACUUUAUUCCAAGAAAACAAAAGGAAUGAUAAGUAAAAUAUUCCUGUUAUUACACAGAACUGUCAUUGUACAAUGUAAUUAUGUUAUCAUUUUGUUAAAAUUAAAUAUGCAAUUGUUUCCUUUUUUCAUGAAAAUAAUGUGACAGAGUAUUAAGUACAAAACAAUCAAAAUAUAUGAGGGUAUUAUUUUUACAUGUGGCUAUCUCUUAUUGCAGUUAGCUAUCUGAUGGAAUGAUGGAUACCAGAUUUAUAUCAUAUUUCACAAUACGAAUAACCCAUAUUUAUUGGGUUGAGGAAUUAAAAUCUAAAAUAAAAGUGGAGUAACUUUGGAUAUACUA